UCCCAUUUAUUCAUCUCUCCUUACUCUCCCUUCUCUCUAUAAUAACUAAACCAACACCUCUCUCACUUGAAUCUCUAUGUGGUUCUACUUUCAGGGAGCAAAUCAUGGGUUCCUCUAAGUCUCCUGUGCCCUACCCAACAAUGCAGAGCCCAUCAGAAAAAAGGCUCGGAGUCCACAGCUACAUGGGUCAGUGGCCCAUUUACUCUCUCGCGUGGUCAGCCCGUUGUGACAGAAAAGCUCGUCUCGCCAUUGGUAGUUUUCUCGAGGAUUACAGCAACAAAGUCGAGCUUGUUCAAUUCAACAUCGAAACAUCCGAUUUCGCUACAGAUUCUCGAUUAAUCUUCGACCAUCCGUACGCGCCGACGAACCUAAUGUUCUUCCCUUCGGAGGACACCACCAAUCCUGACCUAAUCGCGACCUCCGGCGAUUACUUACGGUUAUGGGAGAUCAACGACGAUCAUAUUAAGCUAAAAACUCUUUUUAACGGUAAUAAGAGUAGCGAGUUCAGUGCGGCAAUAACGUCCUUUGAUUGGGCUGACUUUGAUGUCAAUCGUGUGGCUACGUGUAGCGUUGAUUCCACUUGUGUGGUUUGGGAUGUAGAGAAGGAAACUGUGGAUACCCAAUUGGUGGCUCAUGAUAAGGCAGUGUACGAUAUCUCAUGGGGUGGGUACAAUGUGUUCGGUUCAGUUUCCGGCGAUGGAUCGCUUAGGAUUUUUGAUCUGAGAGACAAAGAGAGAUCAACGAUCAUCUAUGAGAAUCCGAUUCAAGAUUGUCCCUUAUUGAGGGUCGAAUGGAACAAAUGUGACCCACGAUUUGUGGCCACAGUCGGCAUGGACAGCAAUAGAGUGGUGAUUUUGGACAUUCGGUACCCGACGACUCCAUUGAUGGAGCUAAGUAGGCAUAAAGGGAGUGUUAAUGCUAUAUCGUGGGCUCCGUCGAUCGGACGCCAGAUAUGCUCUGUUGGGGAUGAUUCAAGGGCUCUGAUUUGGGAUGUGGUGGGGCGGGGAUUGAGAUCAGAGAAUGGGUAUGAAGUGGAACCUGAGUUGUGGUAUAGUACUUCAAUGUCUGUGAUCAAUCAAGUACGGUGGUGUCCACUUGAAUUAGAGUGGAUUGCUGUUGCUUCCACCAAUAAAUUACAGCUAUUAAAGGUUUAAGAUUAUGUAUAUGUAAAUGUAAAUUCAAUCUUUAAUGGUGAUUACUAACCCGGAAGCGU